AUGGAACGUAACUCCUAUGAAAUCGUGUUAAAUACUUUUGAAGCAAUCCCUCAAGAUAUUAAGGAUUUGAUGGAUUACGGCACAAUUAGACCAAAUCGUCAGGGAAGGAAUGAAUUAGGCGUCACAGGGUCGUUUACGGUCUUUCAAAACAUCGGUGCGGAAACACAGAUACACUGGUCCGUGUAUAAGGUGGAUAUCAUGGGACAUAAACGAAUGUUUCUCGACGGAACAGGAUCCUUGUGCCAAAUUAUUGCGAAGGAUGAAUCAAUUUACCCGCAGCUGCUUGAAACAUCUAAUCUACCUCCUCAAGAUUCUUGUCCAUUUCCAAAAGGCAACUAUACGAUCUUUAAUUACAUCUUGGACGAACAACGAUUUCCACCUGUAGCGAUUCGUAGCGAUUGGCUAUUUGAGGUUAUAAUUACUCGCGAUGGCAAAGUUUGCGGAGGGUUCAGGGUAGGUCUUACUACCAAAUGAUCCAGUAAGCGGAAAUGCAACAAUAAUCGCAACCAAAGA